AUAAGGCUCCACACACAACUCCUGGACAUCACUCUCUCGUCAAGCUUCACAACUAUAACGUCAAAUAGUUCAGAAUGAUCUCCAAGGUCACUUUGGUGGUGGUGUUGGUAGGCGUGGCUCUCGCUGUCCCCUCCGACCUACCAUACGCUCCCCCAGCACCGCAACCCACCUACAAUGAGCCCGUCAUACCAUACAACUUCGAAUAUGGCGUUAAGGACGAAUACGCUGGAACCGACUUUGGCCAAAACGAGGAAUCUGAUGGCAACGUUGUCAGGGGCUCCUACACCGUCCUGCUCCCCGACGGCCGCAAACAGACGGUGAACUACGUGGUCGAUGGCUACAGCGGUUACCAGGCUACUGUCACCUACUACGGCGAGGCUCAGUACCCAGAUCAGUACGGUCCCCCCAUCACCUUCAGGCCCCAGUCUUACGGCCAGUCCCAGCAGUCAUACCAGCCUGAACCUUCAUACCAGCCUGAACCUUCAUACCAACCCGAACCUGUGUACCAAUAAGACAAAAUAUUAUACUUAUACUGUUAUUAAAGUUAUGUCCUCGCUAGUUAUAUUUUUUUGUGGACUCAAUAAAAAUUUAAAGACUUA